UUUCAUUUAUGAGUUUUGCUUUUCGAUGCUGUCGUAAAUUUCUUUCCUGUGAAUGAGCGGCUAAAAACUGUUUUUUAACCUGCGAAUUUCUUCAUUUUUUUUUUUUGUUAUGGCUUCAGUAUCUGCUAAUCGUGGUUUUACUCGAAGUGAAUUGGAAAAUGGUGUUGAAUUUGAAGUUGAACCAAAUGAAAAUGGUUCAGAGCAUAGUGAUGAAGAUGACUCAUUUGAUGAUGUACGUUUUGAAGAAUUUAAAAGUGCUUUAGCUGAUACGGGAGAACCUGCUCCGGGCAGUGUGCCUUUUAGUGUGUUAAAAGAAAAAAUGGAGCCUUUAACUGAAGAUGGCAAAGUUCUUAAAAAGAUUGUUAAGUGGGGGGACUGGUGUGGUUCUGCCAGAAAAAUCUGUAGUUAUGAUGCAUUAUGAAGGCUACUUCGAAAAUGAAAAGCAGCCAUUUGACUCUACAAGAUUACGAAAUAGGCCUUAUAAAUUUCUAUUGGGAGAUGAGCAGUUGAUUCCUGGUCUUGAAUUAGCAAUCAAAUCUAUGAAAAAAGAGGAAAUUUCUCGCUUUAUUGUUCAUUCUGAUUAUGCUUAUGGUCCAAUGGGAUGUCCUCCUCGUAUUCCUGGUGGUGCAGAAGUUUUUUAUGAAGUGGAAAUUAUUCAUUUCAUUGAUAGCAAGGCUGCUAUUGAGUAUGAGGACAUGACUCCAGAAGAUCAAAAAAGAGCUCCUUUCGAAAAAAUAGCAGAAAUUUAUCAUUUUGAAAAUCAAACAGGCAAUGAUUUAUUUAGAAGGCGUUUAUACAAACCUGCAAUAGCUCGGUAUCGUCAUAUGGUUAAAUUACUGGAAGACGUUUCUGUUAGUAAUGAAGAAGAAGAUCAAAAGCGAAAUGGUUACUUGUUAAAGUUAUAUUUAAAUCUUGCUCAAAGUUAUUUGAAUUUGAAUAAUCCAAAUAAAGCUAUAAUAUAUUCCGACUUAGCAUUGAAACUGGAUCCAGAAAAUCCGAAAGGCCUAUAUAGGAUGGGGGUAGCACUGGACAAGACUGAAGAAUACGAAAGAGCUGAAUAUUACUUAAACAAAGCCAAGAAACACAAGCCAUAUGAAAAAAGCAUCAAUGUAAUUAUGCUAAAGUUAGAAAAAAAACGUAGGCAAUACCAAGACUGGGAGAAACAGUUUUGCAAAAACAUGUUUGGGAAGUCGGAGGAAGAGAAAAAACCAGUUAUGGAAACAAAAGAAAACAAAGAAUUUCUUAAUAUCAUUGAAAGUGAGAUACAAAAGUUUAUGGAAUCCAAUGAAACUGAACUUAAGUUUUCAUCUGGUUAUACGGACAGCCAAAUACAAGUAGUUCAAAACUUAGCAAACCAGUAUGGGCUUGCAUUUGUUUCCAAAAUUCAAGAUAAUCGCAAAGUGAUAAAAAUUGCUAAAAAAGUGUAAUAACUGUUUUUUAUAAGUAUAAAAUAAAUAUUUUUGUUACAGAUAUCUUUUUGUGGCUGUAAAUCAUCAAA